AUGAUCCCUUUCUCGUCCGCUCCGUUGUCCCUUGACCAGAACGUUUUUGCCCCGCGUGGGCUGAGGGAGAGGCCGUGGGGCGGCGAUGGGGUCGAGCAGGCUGGGCUGGGGAGGACGCGGCUGAGUAAUGGAAGAUCGCCGAAAGGCAACGGUCGAUCGGGCGCGCGCUUUUUCUUCGCGCUCGGAUUUUGGGCCUCCACACCACCAGCCAACCAAGCCGAGCCGCUCCGACACUUUGCCCCUCCACCACCACCACCACCUUCAUCAUCCAUAACCAUGCUGCGUCAGAGUCUUGGUCUUUUGCGAACGGGUCUUGGGCGUCAGACUGGGCUUGCGCCUUCGCGCGCGGCGAUUCCGCCCUCGUACCUCGCCAUCUCUCGAAUGCUCAGCACCGAGGCACGCGCCAAAAUCGACGGAGCCGUCAAGGCCAACCCGCUCGUGGUGUUUAUGAAGGGUACGCCGGAUAUGCCCAUGUGCGGAUUCAGCCGUGCCGUGAUCCAGGUAAUGCAGGUGCAGGGCGUCAAACCCGAACUGCUCAAGACAUUCAACUGCCUCGAAGACCAGGAACUCCGAGAGGGCAUCAAGGAGUAUUCCGACUGGCCCACCAUUCCGCAAGUCUACGUCGACGGCGAAUUCGUCGGCGGCUGCGAUAUCCUCAUCAACAUGCACCAGUCGGGAGAACUCGAGGAACUGCUGCUCAAACACAACCUCCUCCUCCCGCUCGAAGAGAACAAGGCCCAGGCCUGA